GCGCUGCCAAUCAGAGCCCGCUAUGGGAACGGGGGGGCUGCUGAGGCGCGAAGCUGUCGGCCGCUGUGCCAAGUGGAGGAAGAGGUGGAUGAAUUCUGAGUACAAACCAGACUUUGGGAAGUUCAGACUCACUGCAGGGAAGUUUUAUGGAGAUCCAGUACUAGAUAAAGGUCUACAAACUACUGAAAACUUUAAGUUUUAUGCCAUCUCAUCACGAUUUAAACCAUUCAGUAACAAAGGGAAGACUUUGGUCAUCCAAUACACAGUGAAACAUGAGCAGAAGAUAGAUUGUGGUGGGGGGUAUGUUAAGAUUUUUCCCUCAAACUUGGACCAGAAGAAGCUCAGCGGAGAUUCACAUUAUUACAUCAUGUUUGGGCCAGAUAUUUGUGGAUCUGAUACAAAGAAAGUCCAUGUUAUUUUAAAUUACAAGAAUAAACCCCAUCCAAUCAAGAAACUGAUCAGAUGCAAGGUUGAUGGCUAUACCCAUCUCUAUACUUUGAUUAUAAGGCCAGAUCAGACUUACAAAGUAAAAAUUGAUAAUGAAAUGGUUGCAUCUGGCAACUUAGAAGAUGAUUUAGAUUUUUUGCCACCCAAGAAAAUUAAUGAUCCAGCGGUGAAGAAACCAGUGGACUGGGAUGAUCGAAUCGAAAUUGAUGAUCCAAACGAUGUCAAACCUGAGGAUUGGGAUGAGCCUGAAUACAUCAUGGACAUGAGUGCUGAGAAACCUGCAGAUUGGGAUGAUGCUGUGAAUGGAGAAUGGCAUUAUCCUAGGGUCAAGAAUCCUCUAUACAGAGGGGAAUGGAAACCAAGGCAGAUUGAUAACCCAAAUUAUAGAGGAGUUUGGCCUCAUCCACAGAUUGACAAUCCAAAUUAUUCACCAGACUAUAGCAUCUACAGCUUUGAAAAUAUUAGUGUCAUUGGACUUGAUAUCUGGCAGGUGAGAGCUGGCACAAUUUUUGACAACUUCUUGAUAACAGAUGAUGAGGAAUAUGCAGAAGACUUUGGUGAUGAAACAUGGGGAGAAACAAAGGGUCCUGAAAAGGAAAUGUACAUAAAGCAGACUGAGGAAGAGCAAGCGAGAGAAAGGGCUACAGAAGAAAAGUACUUUGAGCAACAGUUUAAGAAGAAGCUAGAGAGAAAAACACAAUCUGGAAGGGACAGAGCAGAGAAGAACACUGACACCAAGACAGAGCUUUAAUUGGCAUUUGAAAAAAGUUCAUAUAUUUUCACUGAAGUUACUUAGGAAUAUUUUCACUGAAGGAUUUUGAUGUUUGUUAACCGUGUGUUGAAAUCUGCACCAGUGGAGUUGUAGCAAAACAGGGUUCUUAAAAAAAAUUAGCAUUGAAUUUUGUGACCAGUUUCCAUUUAAUGAAAAAUACAACAGAGUUAAAUUAUCUAUAGAGAAGGUUAAUUUUUUUCUUUUUUUCUUAACUGCUUUUCUUUACACUGCUAAGAUGUGUUAGAAACACCUGUAAUAAAGCACUGUGUUUUGGAAC